GGAACUCUGGGAGAGACAUUUCCCCCCGCCUCUCACUCUCUCUCUCUCUCUCUCUCACACACACACACACACACACGCGCUCUCUCUCUCUCUCUCUCUCUCUCUCGGGCAUUACUACAUUGGCCUUUAGCUUCUGUUUUGUUCCUUGGCAGUCGUUAAUCUCAACUGCUACUGCUUCUCAUUCAACUCCUAAUACCGAACUAAUCACAACUCCUUUUCUUCUUAUCUAAUCUCAAAACUUCUUACAAACUCAUAUUACAUAAAAUCAUAUUACUAUCUUGACUUUUCUGUAGAGCCCCUCUCUCCAUUCGUGCUUUAAAAGCACAAUUUUUAUACCUUUCUUCCCCACAGUUUAACCCCCUUUCCCUUUUUUCCCAAUACACAAUCUUGAAGCCAGUUACUGCUUCCUGCCCAUCUCCAUUUCCUCUUUUAGUGCUUUGUUGCAUUCAAAACAACCUCCCACAUUAAUCUGUUUUCUCUUUUGGCGGAAUUCAUGGAAAUCGAUCUCAACCUUGCAGUUUGUGAUGAGACUGCAUGUGGUAAUGACGGAGAAUGUGAUCGUUUUAGCUUGUCUAAAUGCACUUCAUCUGCUGCUGCCUCUUUCUUUUCUUGUUCAGCAUUUGCAUCAUCAUCACCAUCAUCCUCUCCAUCGCCGUCAAUCUACGUGGAGCUAUGGCAUGCCUGUGCAGGACCUGCUACUAUUCUGCACAAGAAAGGAGAUAUAGUUGUGUAUUUCCCUCAAGGCCACUUGGAACAGGCUAAUUCUUCGCCACCCUCGUUUGAUCUUCCUCCUCAGAUCCUCUGUAGAGUUGUGGACGUUCAGCUAAUUGCUAACAAUGAAAAUGAUGAAGUUUACAGUCAGCUAUCUUUGAAUCCCCUGCAGCAGCAGCAGAUGAUAGGUGUGGAAUUAGAAGGGAAAGAGAGAGAAAAUGUGGGAGUGGAGGAGGGUGGGAAGUCGAGUUCCCACAUGUUCUGCAAGACCCUCACAGCUUCUGAUACGAGCACCCAUGGUGGCUUCUCCGUUCCUCGUAGAGCUGCUGAAGACUGCUUCCCUCCCCUGAACUAUGAAGAACAAAGGCCCUCCCAGGAACUUGUGGCCACAGACCUGCACGGAGUGGAGUGGAAAUUCAGACACAUCUACAGAGGCCAGCCACGACGUCACCUGCUCACUACGGGAUGGAGUGCUUUUGUCAGUCGCAAGAAUCUUGUAUCCGGUGAUGCAGUUCUAUUCAUGAGGGGAGAAGCUGGUGAGGUGCGACUGGGAAUUAGAAGAGCUGCUCGCCCUAGAAACGGUCUACUUGAUACGGCCAUCAAAAAUCAGAAAUAUCAUCCCAAUGUCCUCUCUCAUGUAGCAAAUGCAUUGUCAAGCAAUGGCAUGUUUAACGUAGUCUAUAGCCCAAGGGCAAGUCACUCCACUUUUAUUGUUCCGUAUCGAAAAUACUUGGAAUGUACUGGCUCUCCGAUACCUGUGGGUAUGAGAUUCAAGAUGAAAAACGACUUGGAUGAUUCUCCAGAAAGAAGCUCUUGCAGGUUCAGUGGAGUGGUGACCGGAGUCAGUGAUGUCGAUCCCUACAGAUGGCCCAACUCAAAAUGGAGAAGUGUGAUGGUCCGUUGGGAUGAGGCGAGUGAUGAGCAGGAACGCAUUUGUCCAUGGGACGUGGAGUCCUCGUCUAGUUAUGCACCUCUGAGUUUAAAGAGACUCAGGUCGAGUCCAAGUGGCAGCCCAGUCUCCGGUGGAGAUUACGUGAGAUCCUAUUCCUGUGAGGUCUUGCAAGGUCAAGAAAAGAUGAGUAAAUUUCCAAAUUGGUUUGGAGAAAUUCAAAUGGCAACACCUAGCUGCUUCUACCCUGUAGCUUCGGAGGGAGGUAGAAGGUUGCCAUUUGCGCCGAUCUUCAAAGGAUUGAGGGUACCGGAAACUGCAACGCUGCAUCACCGACUUGGUAGGUAGGGCCGUUAAUCUUUCACAACUGCACGGCUGCGACUCCCUGCUCCUUCAACUUCAAAGGCUGUUUAGCAUGCAACGCGCCUGACUCGCUCUGCUCAACAAACUAAACUGUGCUACAAAUAAGAUUGUGCAAUGCUUUGCUCUCUCAAUUCAUAUGUAUCUAUUUUACUUAGGUUUGAUUCUCUCUCUCCAGUUGUAUGUAAGAUUUAUGAUGUCUACGAGUUGUGAUUUAGCUAAUUCCUAUCCCAUGUGAGAUUGUGUUUGUAGCGCUCAACGGUGUUUCUCGGUGUAUUCAUCAGAAAAUAAGAGAUCCAAACACUUCCAAUCUCGACAUCAAAUGCAUAAUAUGAUUCAGUU